AUGACUCUUCGAUCGACUGCUGGCAAUUUUAACAUUCUCUCCCACAUUCUCAUCCCGGGAAAUGGAGUUCCAGACACUGUUCUCCGACCUGACUCAUAUGCCAAACAGACAAGGCGUGACACAUCAUUAGAGAGCCUUGGGAAUGAUGCCCUGUGCCAGGAUCUGCUUCUGCUUCAUGACAAUGACAUUGGUGGAGAUAUGGCAGCAGAUGCCUCCAUUGCAUCCUACAGAAGAAACCCCAGUUCUCUCAAAGAGGUUACAUUGGAUCUUAGUGGGAAUCAUCUGAUCUUGAUAGAUGCUGGCUUUCCUACUGCUUCUGGGAACCAACAAUCUCUUUUGGUAGAAGAACCUGGGUCUGUUUCUGCAAUGGGAAAACCAGAAGUUGAAGCACCAACAGAACAUGACUAUGUUCGAGUCCUUCCAACAGGAGUUUCUUCUGGAGAAAGACAACUGAUGAUAACUCGUAAUGUUGUCUUGUCUUUGUCUAAAAAUUCCACUCUUUCCCGAGUGGGACUGGAGGUGUCACAACAGCCUGAAAUUUUGACUCUCCCUGAGAGACAGACAGCCAGUAUUCCAAAAAAACGAAAAUUGCCUGAGGAAGUGCAGGAGGCGAUAGCAAAGAAGGACUUUCAUUCUCAAAGGGAGGUCAUCAGUGAGCCUACAGAAAUGGAUUUGGACAAACGGAUGAGGAGCAAAGAACCUCUUGAUGUUCCAAAAAAGAGGCUUCGUAAUGAAGCUCUCACUUCCAUUAAGAAUGAUGAUAUUAGUCUUCUCUUUGAUGGGCCUUCUGCUCAACAGUCUACAAGUCAAGAAGGUGGUGGAGAUCUUGAUGAAAACUUUGUUGAUAUGGAGGAUGCAGAUCAAGACAUCCUGGAUCUACCUCAUAAGAAGCGCAUGCAGAAGUCCUUGCCAGAUUCUUCUGGGGACUCUGAGGAAGAAGGAAGUGAGACCCAAGAAGGGGACAAUUAUGAAAAGCAAGAGCGUCGAGAUCUCCCACAUAAGAAACGAAUUCCAAGAAAACUGAAACAGCCGCAUCACAAGUCCAAACUACAUAUCAAGAGUGAUCAGGAGAACCCAACUGGGAAGGUAUUCAAAACAGAGUCUGGACUGGCAACACACACAGGGCUCCAUCAUGGUGGUGAACAGAGGAACAGGAAUGCUAUGGGGAUCGGAGGAUUGGAUGAUUUUGUCUGCCUUCACUGUGGGAAGCAGCUGAAAAACCAACUUCAGCUGAGGAAUCACAUUGCAAAAGUGCAUCCAAAUGCUGAUGAAGAUGAUGGUAACAAAUGCUUGCAUGCAUCCACUCACCCAGCAUCUUCAUUUAGUUUCUCAGUGCAGGCAUCUACCUUGUCUGGGGCUCUGAGAGAUGGGCAAGAAGACCAAAUCUCCCAGGAGAAUGGCAGAGAGAAUACAUCAAGAGAUGUCAUAUAUGAGAAAGAGAAAGUUACAUCUGCAGCCAAAGGCACCAAGAAGGGUGAUCACUUCUUGGUUCAUGGAGCAGAAACUGGGGAUAAUCUUGAAAUGCCAACCCGAGUCUCUUCACCUGAGGCAGAAUCAGGAAUAUCCAAAGAAGCCCACUUCCACCCUUUCAAUGCCAUGGAUGACAGUGCUAUUCCUGAUCAGGGUCUCCACAAUUAUGUGAUUCCUGACCGCUCAUUCCAGCACUAUAUGACAUCUGAGAAUCUUGAGGAUGGAGUUCGGGAAGUCCUCCAGCCACCAGGAAUCCUUACUCCACUGAACAUUCCCCCAUUGAAUUUGAACAUCACCAGCUCUUCUUUGACUCCUGGGUCUCAAUCCAAGGACCAAACAUAUAUAACUUGGGCUUCAGGAUCUCAAGUCAGCAUCUUCUCUGCCACAAGCUCUCACAGCCUCAACUUAGAGCACCCUGGGAAUCCUGGUUCAGUCAUGCAUCAUCAAAACCCCUGA